GAUGUGACCAACCCAACACUGUCCCAACCGGAUGUGACCAACCCAACACUGUCCCAACCAGAUGUGACCAACCCAACACUGUCCCAACCAGAUGUGACCAACCCAACGCUGACCAGCCCAACAUCAUCAGAAAAGAAUGAUAAUAAAAUGUUCAUAAAACACCUUCCACAAAAUAUUUCGAUGGCUAAAAUACAAAAUUACUUUGGUAAAUUCGGGGUGCUAUCUAAAAUUUGGAUAAAGAAUGGAAAAAAUUUUGGUUUUGUCAUUUAUGACAAUACUGAAGGAUUAAGCCGAGCCCUUAGUUGCUCUCCACAUGUGAUCGACGGCAGCGUCAUCGAUGUGGAAUUGCCGCAAGGGGCGGGCUGUCAGAUCUUCAUAGGUGGUCUAACUAGUCGGCCUAAUGAAGAUGACGAAGUCCAGGAAAGGCUCGAGGAGUACGGCCACAUCCUUAAGUGGCAGAGACCGCUCUCCGGAGGUCGGCCUGCUCCUUACGCCUUUGUCACUUUUAGUAGUGAAGAAGCAGCUCGACGUGCCGUCGAUGCUUAA